AAAUAUUAUUAUAACAUUCAGAUUGAGGAACACGAACCACAAUUGGUAUGUUACAACGUAAAGUGAACAGGAUUCAUCUACAUGGCCAACGUAACGUCUUCAGUAGAUUUAGAUGCAAUAGCCGUUGAAAAUUUCCAAAAGUAUUUGCGCAUACCUACGGUGCACCCCAAUAUAAAUUACGAUGGUUGCGUGCAAUUUCUCGAGGAUUAUGCAAAAAACUUAAAUCUAGAGUUAAGUGUUAUUCGAUGUCUUCCUGAUAAGCCUGUUGUUGUGAUAACGUUACUGGGUGCCAACCCUCACCUUCCAAGUAUAUUGUUAAACAGUCAUAUGGAUGUUGUUCCAGUUGAUGAGGAAAACUGGACACACGCUCCAUUUGCUGCCGAAAUUGAUGAGGAUGGGAAUAUUUUCGCCAGAGGCGCUCAGGACACUAAGUGCUUAGGCAUUCAGUAUUUGGAAGCAAUACGGCGAUUAAUUUUAGAUGACGCAGUGCUUAAUCGAACCAUCCAUGUAUCUUUUGUCCCAGAUGAAGAAAUCGGAGGUAAAGAAGGAAUGAAACUAUUUGUGUUAUCGCCUGAAUUUAAAAAUUUAAAUGUUGGUUUUGCCUUGGAUGAAGGCGCUCCUAGUACUAAAGAAGAGUUUUUCGUAUUUAAUUCGGAGAAAUACGGCUGGAAGUUUGCCAUUCAUUGCCCCGGAACUCCAGGACAUGGAUGCUUUAUGUUUGAUAAUACACCGGGGGAAAAGGUGCGAUAUGUGCUAAAUAAAUUCUACGAAUUGCGAGAGAAAUCCAUGGCACGAUUUAAAGAAUUCUCGGAUUAUGGAGACAUUAUUACUGUCAAUUUAACCAUGAUGCAGUUAUGUAUACAGGGUGGAGUGCAAAACAAUAUUAUACCGUCGGAAUUUGUGAUUGUACUUGAUACUCGAAUUCCACCCAUGGUAGAUGAACAGGAAUGGGAAGGUACCAUAACAAAGUGGUGCCAAGAAGCAGGCGAAGAUGUUUGGAUCGAAUAUUACCUUAAAGAAUCGGUUACACCUAUAACAAAAUUGGAUUCCAAUAUCUUUUGGGAAGCAUUCAAAAAGACUAUCGGAGGUAAAGGAGAGCUAAAGGUUCAAACUAUGCCUGGUUGCACCGAUGCCAGAUACCUUCGACAACAGGGAAUACCCGUGCUUGGGUUUUCACCUAAUAAUGGCACUCCAAUUAGGGCUCAUGCUGAUGACGAAUUCUUGAAUGUUCAAGUAUUUCUAAAGGGCAUAGUUACAUAUUAUGAUAUACUGCAAGCCAUGGCAAAUGUGUAGCAUCAACAUUGAUAUGUCCACGCAGUUAACGGUAGUCUAUAAUUUAUAAUUUGUUGUUUUUAAAUUUAUGAAUUUAACUUGUAUUAUUUUUAUGUUUAAUAUUGUAAGGCUUGUAUGAAUUUCUUUGAUUUUGGCACGAUUUCUAUGAGUUGAUAAUGGUAGUUAGUACGUGUUGAAGGAUUAAAAUUGAUGUAGGCUGGCGCAACUCCGGGGCCUUUGGGCGCGAGAGGAGGCGAAACUUGAAGACCAGAAAAUAUAAGCUGAAAAAGUAAUGAUGAUUAGCUUAUAAAACACUGAUCUUAAAAAAAUGUGUCAGCUGCAAUGGAUCCGUGGAAAAAAGUGUUAGCUGACUAUAGCAACGUCGAAAAAUUCAUGAAAAUCGGAGCAUUUUGGCAAAGCUAAAAACUUUAUACAUUAAGGUUUAUAAUUUCACAAUAUAACGGGUUUUAACACAU